AUGCCCCCCCUGGUGCGUGAUCAUUGGAAUGGUACCUUGGUGCUUGUAGGAAAGUCAGGUAGUGGUAAGACCUCGCUGGUAGCCAGACUUGUGGAGCAGUAUGUGGAAUCAGACAGCUGCUCGUCUCCAGAGUGUGUCCUGUUACACUUCGUGGGCGCGGCUCCCGGCUCCACGGACAUGGCAGCAACCCUGACCAGGCUGUGUCAGGAGAUGAAGAAGAGGUUCCUCCUUGCCUGUGAGAUUCCUGGGUCCUAUAAGAACCUGAUGAACCAGUUUGAGGACAUCCUGAAGGCUGCUGGGAAGGUACCAGACACUCCUGUGGUCAUCUUCAUGGACGGACUGGACCAGAUGGACGAUGCACACCAGGCCAAAAGUAUGGAAUGGUUGCCCCGCAACAUGCCUCCAAACGUCAGGUUCGUUUUCACCGUAACAGAAGACCAGGACGUCUAUCGCUCGCUCUCACGCCGUGAUGCGACGUUCAUUAACAUCGGGAGCCUGGAUGGGCGAGACAAAGCUGACAUGGUGCGCCAGUCACUGGCAAAACACAGGAAGGCUCUGGAUGAGUCACCGUUCAACAACCAGAUGAAGCUGCUUAUUGGAAAGAGGGAAUCCCACAAUCCUCUGUUCCUGGCCUUGGCUUGUGAGGAGCUGAGAGUUUUUGGCGUCUUUGAAAAGGUAUCCCAAAGACUGAGAAACAUGGCCCAGACAGUCACCAAACUCCUGCAGGAGAUCCUACAGCGUAUGGAGACAGAUCACGGGCGUGACCUGGUUUCCAUGUCGAUGUCCCUCCUGGUAAGCAUGCGGAGUGGCGUGUCCGAGGAGGACCUACUGGGCAUGCUCAGUCUCUCUCGCGAGCUCGGGGAGCAACGGUACUCCGUCGAUGAUGUCACCAACGUGAUGAUGUCACCAGACAGGCAGCUGCCUCAGGCAAUCUUUGCCCAUUUGGUGCGAGGCUUGCAGACAUUCCUGCAGCCCACAGUACAGCAGUCCGGCUCCAAGCUUCUCAGUCUGGCCCACAGUGAGUUCCUGAGGGCUGUCACACAGCGUUACAUCAAGCCUGGGGGGACUGAAUUCCAGUCUAGACUCCACUGCCUGAUUUCUGGUUACCUGCUGACCUGUGGAGACCCAGGCAGGGAUGGCUCCUGGACAGGCACCCACACCAUGGCCACCUCGGAACUGCCCUACCACCUGGCCAGUGCAGGGGCCUUUAGGCAGUUGGAAGAAGUGCUGACAAACCUUAACUUUGUCAAGACGAAGUGCAUGAUGGGAAUGGCCGCCCAUCUCAUGGAGGACUAUCAGGCCCAAGGCUGCCCGUCGCUCACCAGAAUCAACGCCCGCAUGCAGACCAAGUUCCUGGCUGAUCCAAGAGUGCAGCAGUUUUCCUCCUUUGUGUCCAGAAAUCUUCACAUACUCAGCACCUACCCUGCACUGACACUCCAACAGGCAGCAAACGAACCGGCCACCUCUGCACCUGCCCAGGCUGUCACCUCUCUCCUAGACAACAAGUCAGCCACUGGAUUCCACAUGGUGAGACAGCUUAACAGGUCAGAGGUCAGCAAUCCCUGUUAUAGGAUCCUAGACUCCUUUGGCGAUGCCGUUACCUGUGUAGCUGUUUCCCCAGAUGGGAAGGUUUUUGUCUGUGGGACUGAAGAUUGUGUUGUUAACCUCUACGAACUCGCCACCGGAAAGCAGCUGAAAUCGUUUGUCGGACAUGCGAACAAGAUCACCGAUUGCUGCUUCGUAGGGACCGACAAGAUUUGCAGCACAUCAGCUGAUGGUACCCUCUGUAUCUGGGACGUGAGCGGUGGCUAUCGGAUUUCAUCACUGACCAAUCACAAGCGCCGUACCAACUCCUGCUGCUCGGACCCCCGUGGGAAGUUUGUCGUCUCUGCGUCCUGGGACUGCACUAUCCUGAUUUGGAAGGUUGAUUCCAACGAUAAGAAGUACACGACACAGUUCCGUGACAAGCGACCAAUCAACUGUGUAGCCUUCCACCCUGAAGACGACAAGAUCGUCACCGGAUGCUGGGACUCGACCUUGAAAGUGUACGACACCCUGAAUAAAAAGAGGAUAGCAAUAAUCCGAGGUCACAGCAGUUCCGUAAGGGACGUGGCGUAUUCUCCAAAUGGCCGCCAUCUUGCUUCUGCUGCCCUCAGUGGUGAGGUCAAGCUGUGGUCAGCUGAGACUGGAACUCCAGUCGGAGACCUAACAGGGCACUGCGGACAGAUCAACCGGCUGACCUUCUCCCCUGCUGGACAUCACCUCAUCACCGUCGGCAACGACCACAAGGUCAAGGUGUGGGCUGGCAACCUGGGCAAACAGAUCGACUGCUUUGGCAACAAAGACCUGAGCUUUGCUCUGAGUGUGGCCAUUGGUCCAUCAGGAGAGGAUGUUGUCGUUGGUUACCAUGACAGCACUGUCCGUCUGGUUGCCAUUGAUACAGGUCUGGAGAAAUGGUCUGUCAUUCCCCAUAAUGCACCAGUGAGGUGUGUGACAUGGAUAGAUGACAACAGCAUCAUCACUGGGUCAGAUGACUCCCACCUGUCUGUCCUGUCAGCCAUUGAUGGGUCAAAGGUCAUGACCUUGGUGGGUCACACAGGCUCGGUGACUGACGUGGCCUACACGAAGCUGGAAUCGCUCGCUGUGUCUGCCUCUGCAGACUUCACCGCUAUCGUGUGGAGGAUCCCAACUGUACAGACCAUCAAGAAAUCUGCCAUGCCCUAUGAGGUAAAACCCAGGUGUGUGUUACGAGGCCAUGGUGGACCUGUGACCUGUUGUGCCUUCAGUGGAGACUGUAGGUCUGUGGUGACAGGCAGCAGGGACAAGACACUGCGCCUCUGGGACAUCAAAUCUGGCCCUGACCCCCAGCCCACUAGGGUGAUCUCAGAGUGCCACCAGGACUGGAUCACGUCCUGUGCCUGGUCAGAGACCGGAGACUACGUGGUCACAGCAUCCAACGACUUCACCCUCAAACUGUGGGACAUGAACUCUGGCAAGGAGAAGGUCAAGUUCGUGGGUCACACCAGUGCCAUCAACUCAGUUGCCACCAGCCAUGGCUGUGUCGUGUCGGCCUGUUAUGACGGGACGGUCAAGGUGUGGUCCCACAAGGGCGAUGAGAUAACUACGCUGUACGGACAUGAUCUGAGAGUCAACGCAUGUGAUCUGAGAGUGACUGUAGAGGAAGAAGAAACUCCUGAGGACGAGCCAGAGAUCUCGGACUGGAGUGUUGCCGUGGAGACGGAGGAGUGGGAGGAGGAGCACAGGAAACGGAAGGUCGGCGCCAAGAAGAAGGAAGAGUCAAAGGUCACCCAGGUUACCAUGGUGACAGCAGGGGAUGAUGGGACAGUGAGAAUCUGGAAACCACUAGAGGGCAACGAGAUCAGGACUCUUACGGGUCACUCUGACAGGGUACUCGGUGUUGCCAUGGCAACCAACAACCACAUUGUGAGCAGCUCGCUGGAUGGUACAGUGCGACUGUGGAACCCUGACCUGAAACAAGCUGGGGAGGACAGCUUCUCCCAUGAUGCAGAGGUGACCGGUGUUGUAUUCCUCCCAGCGGACAGUUAUGUGGUCACCUGCAGUAGGGACGGCACUAUUGCAUUGUGGGAGCUGGACCUAGAGAAAGGGUCACAGUUCAACUCAAAGAAAUGCAGCAUACAGGGCCAUGCAGGCAGACCUGUGACUGCUGCAUGCUUUGUGAAGGGUGCGACGUUUGCCACAGCCUCUGAUGACGGGUCUGUCAAGGUGUGGGCCGUCACGCAGCAGAAAGACAAGACCUUUUUGAAAGCUAAGCGGACCCUGACCCCACCUCAGCCCUCCCCCAUUCUGAGCCUGGCUUCUAAUGGACAUCUGAUCGUAGCAGGAGGCUGGGACGGAGUCUCUCACACAUGGGACAGUGGGGGAACCUACGAGUACUACUGUAACAGCAAUGGGGUGAAACCGAAUGACCCGGUGAUUCUAUGUGAAUAUGUUGGGAAAGUUCUGAGGUUGUUGAACUCGGGCGUCUGUGCUCAGGGAACCUGA